AUGCCUCUUCCUCAUCCCUUUGAUCCCCUCUCACCGGCCGAAAUCGGGACGGCCGUCGCCCUCGUCAAGAAGGCCCACGGCGACGGUCUGCUCUUCCAUGUGGUGUCACUCCAGGAGCCGCGCAAGGCGGCCAUGACAGCAUGGCUGGAUGCGCCUGACACGGCACCGCGACCGGCACGUGUAGCUGAAGUUGUCGUGAUCGAGAACCCUGCGGGUACGGUUUACGAUGGUCUGGUGGACAUCUCCGGCGGCAAGAUCACCGCCUGGGAGAAGCUCUCUGGCGUACAGCCGAUUAUUCUCAUGGAGGAGCUCCAGCACGUCGAGCAAGUGGUGCGGCAGGACCCGCAGGUCAUCGAGCAGUGCGUGCUGAGCGGCGUGGCGCGCGAGGACAUGCACAAGGUCUACUGCGACCCGUGGACCAUUGGCUACGACGAGCGGUAUGGCAGCGACACACGGCUACAGCAGGCGCUCAUGUACUACCGGCCAGACAUUGACAACACGCAGUACCAAUACCCGCUUGACUUUUGCCCCAUCUACGACGGAAACAAGGACGCCAUUGUGGCCAUUGACAUCCCCAAGGUGCGCCGACCGCUCUCCACGGUGGCGCCGCUCGACUACCACCACGUGGCACAGGAGACGCGCGGCGGCUACCGCACGGACCUGAAGCCCAUCAACAUCUCGCAGCCCGAGGGCGUGUCGUUUUCCAUGGAGGGCAACGAGGUGUCGUGGCAGAACUGGCGGUUCCACGUGGGCUUCAACUACCGCGAAGGCGCCGUGUUCAACAACAUCCGCUAUGUCGACAACGGCCGCCCGCGGCCCAUCUUUUACCGCAUGUCGCUCGUCGAGAUGGUGGUGCCGUACGGCAACCCGGAGCACCCGCACCAGCGCAAGCACGCGUUCGAUCUCGGCGAGUAUGGCGCGGGCUACAUGGCCAACAGCCUGUCUCUGGGCUGCGACUGCAAGGGCAGCAUCGCCUACUUGGACGCGUCGAUGCCGACGCGCGCAGGCGGCGUGCGCACGAUCAGGAAUGCCGUCUGCAUCCACGAGGAGGACGACGGCAUCCUGUUCAAGCACAGCGACUUCCGCGACGACUCGACGACGGUCACGCGCGCACGCAAGCUGGUUGUGCAGCACAUCUUCACGGCCGCCAACUACGAGUACGCCGUGCAGUGGAUCUUCCACCAAGACGGCACGAUCGAGCCCAACGUGCGGCUCACGGGCAUCCUCAACACGUACGUCAUCGGCCCGGGCGAGGACACGCAUGGCUGGGGCACGCAGGUGUUCCCCGGCGUCAACGCGCACAACCACCAGCACCUGUUCUGCCUGCGCAUCAACCCCAACGUGGGCGGCGGACACCGCAACUCCGUGUUCACGGCCGACGCGGUGCCGUCGCCGCACCCGGUCGGCAGCGCCGAGAACGUGUACGGGAAUGCGUUCUACGCCAAGCGCACGCGGCUCGAGACGGCCGCGCAGGCCAAGACCGACUUUGACUGGGCGACGAUGCGCACCUGGGACAUGGUCAACGAGAGCGCGGUGCACCCGUACAGCGGCCAGCCGGCCUCGUACAAGCUGGUGAGCCGCGAGGUGCCGACGCUGCUACCGCAGCCGCAGUCGCUCGUGUGGAAGCGCGCGGCGUUUGCGCGCCACACGGUGCACGUCACCGCGUACGCCGACGACCAGCUGUACCCGGCUGGCCGGCACGUGCCGCAGACGUCGGGCGAGCCGUCGCUGGGGCUGCCGGCGUGGAUCGGCGCCGGCACGGACUCGGUCGUGAACACGGACGUGGUGCUGUGGCACACGUUUGGCUUGACGCACUUCCCCGCGCCCGAGGACUACCCCGUGAUGCCGGCGGAGCCGAUUGUGCUGCUGCUGCGGCCGCGCCACUUUUUUGCCAGCAACCCGGUGAUGGACGUGCCGCCGUCGUACUCGGUCACGCCGAGCCAGGUUCGGGCGGCGAAAAAGGACGGCGCAUACGACGCAACAGAUACAAUGAGCACGCUGGUUGUGACCGGCAAGGCAACCGGCGCAAACGGUGCAAACAGUACGAGCGGUGCAAAUGGCUCGUGCUGCAAGAGCUCAUUAGGUUGA